GUCAGGCUGGUUGGGUGGAGCAGCUGCAGCUCAGACUGAAUUCUGCUGAGAACCACAUCCAGCAGCUGCAGACAGACGGAGCAGAACAAACCUCCAAACUGAUGAACCUGCAGAGAAACGUGGACUGGAAAGAGGAUCUCCUGGACCAACUGAACACUGACGUGAUGAACAGACUGAGCGUCAUUCAGAGCGUUCAGCUCUCGUCGAUAGAGUCCAGACUGACGGGUCACAACAACAACACUUCAGAGCUGGAGGUCCGACUGAGUGAUGGUGAGAAACAGCUGCAGGACCUGAGGACAGAAAACACCGUUCAGAGCGUUCAGCUCUCGUCGAUAGAGUCCAGACUGACGGGUCACAACAACAACACUUCAGACGUGAUGAACAGACUGAGCGUCAGUGAGAAACAGCUGCAGGAUCUGAAGACAGAAAACACAGAGCUGGAGGUCCGACUGAGUGAUGGUGAGAAACAGCUGCAGGACCUGAAGACAGAAAACACAGAUGAGCUGAAGGUGGCGUUCUCCGCUGGUCUGACUGACUCAGGACCAGUUGGACCAUUUGAUGAAGAGACAACUCUGAUCUUCUCCAAAACCAUCAGCAACAUCGGUCGCGGCUAUGACCAGAUCACAGGUGUGUUCACGGCUCCUGUCAGAGGCGUUUACUUCUUCAGCUUCACGGCUGCAGAUUACCUGAAGGGCUACAUGGGUCUCUACCUGUACAGGAACAACCAGCCCAUCCUCUUCCAGCUGGACCUGAACGACCACGGCGGCUACACCUCCACAUCCAGCGGCGUGACGCUGCAGCUGGAGGAGGACGACCGAGUCCAUCUCAGUCUGCCGGCGAGCUACCGACUCUACGAUGACUCUCGGAACUUCAGCGUCUUCUCUGGUUUCCUGUUGUUCUCACUCUGA